AUGGAGACACUUGUUGUUGAGCAGCAUAAGAAUCAAUAUUGUAGCAGGUCUAAGCCACAAAGCCAUGGUAGAUUUGAGUAUUCAUCUUCCAAAGACUUUGUAGGGAUUAAUUGCAGGACUUUUGAGUCUGGUUUAUCUUUAUUACCAACUACACCUUUGAAAUCUUUUGAUGAAAGCCCUAAUUUGAAAACUACUCCUAAGAGUACUCCAAUUCCCAUUAACGGAAAUUGUUUUAGAAAUGAAAGGAUUUUUGAUGAAAGUGAUGGAAGCAUUUUGUUAUCUGAGUUAUGGGCUGGGCCUACUUACUCAAAUUCACCACCACCUAGUUCGUUGCCGAUUCCUAAGUUUCCUAUGAGGCCUAAAAGGACUGUGUCUCUUGAUCUUCCUGGUUCGUCUCCGGAGAUUAAAUUGUGUAUAAUGGCCAAGUCUGUGCCGUCUUCUCCGACUAGGGAGCGUUUGGAUUUUACUAGGGACCUUUUUGUUAAUGCUGAUUCUGCUACUAAGACGUUGUGUCAGAUACUCAAUCUUAACAUUAGUGAUGAGUGA